AUGGAUACAUUACUAACCGCGGACAUCGUCGCCAAUUCCCCGCGUUUCCGACGGAAGUCUUCCACCUUCGUUGAUGCGAUCCAUGACUUGCCUGAGAAGGCCGAUCUAGCUCCGGCUCAACUCUACAGCACUGAGUCUGGAAGGCUUUUUCACUCUGGUCGGAUCGUCAUUAUCACCGUGGGGUUGCCAGCAAGGGGCAAAACGUUCGUUGUACCAACCCCAUUUCUGCUAGGCGUGAAAACCAGGAUAUUUCACCUAGGUGAUUAUAGACGUGCGACCAUUCCCUAUGGCCAGGAUAUUCCAGAUGAUUACUUUUUUGUGAACGCAUCCGCUUCGUCGGUCCUGUUAAGACAGAAGAUAGUGAAAAGAUGCCGGGAAGAUAUCUACCAGUUUUUAAACCACGAGAAUGGACAAAUAGCGAUUUACGAUGCCGUUAAUCCGUUGGCAUCCGGCCGACGAUCACUUGCAAAGGAAUUUGCCAAGCAUGACAUCGAGACGCUGUUCAUCGAGUCGUGGUGUGACGAUGAACGCAUUAUUGAAGAGAAUGUCCGACGGGUCAAAAUAUCCUCGCCAGAUUAUGUCGGCUGGAGCUCAGAAGAUGCGGUGAAACAUUACUUAACCAGAAUCGCCGCUCGUAUUCCCCAAUUCCAAACCAUGGAGGAGACGGAUUUGAACUAUAUCAAGAUGAUGAACGCCGGCGAACGGCUAAUCGUCAACAAUCGAAGCUUCGGCUAUCUUUCCAACAGAAUAGUCUUCUACCUUCUCAAUCUUCACAUCAAGUCCCGACACACAUACUUUGCACGGGCUGGCGUGUCAUUGGAAGCGGAUUCUUACAAAGCAGAUGCCUCGCUGUCUGAGCAGGGCGAAGACUACGCGAAAAAAAUGACAGAGUCCCUACUAAAGCACAGGGAAUCCGAAAGACAAGCAAUGAUUGAUGAAGGAGAGCCGGAUUAUGAGUUGAAGCCACUCACUGUCUGGACAUCCACGCGAAGAAGAACAGUCGAGACGGCCAAGAAUCUCUACGAAAAGGGAUACAAAGUGCGCCAGAGAUCUCAGAUGAGUCAAUUAAACCCUGGAGUCUGUGAGAAGAUGUCAGAGGCGAGGAUUCGCCAGGAAUAUCCGGAAGAGGUUGCAAAACACGAACUUGACCCCUACCACCACCGGUAUCCCCGAGCAGAGUCAUACCAUGACCUUGCGGUCCGACUCGAACCCAUCAUCUUGGAGCUCGAACGCGAGCAAAACGACCUGCUGAUCAUCGCACAUGAGAGCGUACUAAGAGUCUUAUACGGAUACUUGAUGGCGUGCAAUGCUGCCGAUAUCCCAUUCUUGGAGUUCCCCCGUGACGAAAUCAUUGAGAUCAUACCGGAGAGCUACCAAAACGAAGCACGCAGGAUCCAUAUAUCUGGCCUUCCCAAAGAAAUCGUCCCUGGUUCUCCUCAAGAUAUCAAGAUCCCUGUUCCCCCGAGUGGAGUGUCUACCCCUUUGGCUGGUGACCUAGGCAGCCCGCGCGAAGGUCUCUCCACUCCGCAGAGCGGCCUCCGAACCCCGCGCGAACCCGAGAGAAUCUCGCAGCAGCAUGGCCCAAUGGUCUCUGUCACCACAGAAUACAUCAGCGUCGGCGGCAAUAGGCAUCCCGCCGCCGCCGAUUGGGAUGUCCGGACUGGCGUGCUCGCCUUCGGUGCUGACAACAAUAUUGCUCUAUGGGAUCCAAGUGAUAGCACGCAGCGCGGGGUCUAUACACUACUUGUCGGGCAUACCGACAAGGUCAGCGCCGUUCGAUUCUAUACUUGCCCUACCACAGACACCAAAUACCUGGUAACCGGCUCGGUAGACCGUACAGUUCGUCUUUGGCAAGCUGCAGCAGCCGAUUCGUGCCACUAUACCCUCGUGCAUACUUUGGCAGGACAUACCGGCUCAGUGAACACCAUAGCUGUGGCUGAGGGGCUGGACAUUGUGGCAUCCGGAGCCGCUGAUGGAACGGUCAAAAUAUGGAAAGUCCAUGCUCAUGGCGAAGCGAAGGGCGAGCUGCUCAAAUCAAUAGCGAUGAAACCACGAUUUUUUCCAUUGGCCUUGGCGUUAUGCCCUCUUCAUUUGGAAUCAAAUGACGGAGCCGUCGCGUUGGCGGUUGCAGGCACCACCAAUGUUGUUCAGAUAUACGUGUCGGAGAUCACUCGCACGGCUCCCAAUUUUGAACUUUCGGCGGUGUUGUCCGGACAUGAAGCCUGGGUGCGGUCCCUGAGUUUCACGAAGGAUAAGCAGAGCACAUCUGAGGACCUUUUACUGGCCUCGGCGAGUCAAGACAAAUAUGUCCGGUUAUGGAGACUGCAGCGCGGGGAAGCGGUUUGUGCUGCCCCGGCGGCUGAUGAUGACCCUAUGUUAAGUGGCUUUGAGCCAACCUUGUCGAACAAAGCUCACCAAUUCGGGGUAGCCGGGACUAAGUUCUCCGUCACAUUCGAAGCCUUGCUUUUCGGAAACGAGGACUGGAUCUACACCACCAGCUGGAAUCCCAGCUCGGAGCGUCAGCAGCUUCUUACUUCUUCGGCUGAUAAUACAUUAACCAUCUGGGAACAAGAUCCUGUAUCGGGGGUGUGGCUCUCCGCUGAGAGAAUGGGAGAGAUUAGCGUCCAGAAAGGUUCGACUACUGCCACUGGCAGCACGGGUGGGUUCUGGAUUGGUCUGUGGUCUCCUGAUGGCACACAAGUUGUCAGCCUCGGUCGUACCGGCAGCUGGCGAUCUUGGAAAUAUGAUGCAGGGUCUGAUAUUUGGGUGCAGUCUCUUGGGGUCUCUGGACACGUACGGUCGGCCAACGGCGUACAAUGGGAGCCUUCUGGAGGAUACCUUCUGUCAACCAGCGCUGACCAAACCACGCGCCUUCAUGCCAGAUGGGUACGCGAGGGGCUUCAGUCUUGGCAUGAGUUCUCCCGUCCACAAAUUCACGGAUACGACUUGAACUGUAUCGACACUCUCGGGCCGGCUAGAUUUGUGUCCGGUGCUGAUGAGAAGCUUUUGCGGGUUUUCAAUGAGCCUCGACCGAUUGCGCAACUGCUGGAGAUGCUCUCUGGCUUUCAACAGUCCGCGGGGGACCAACUUCCUGACACGGCCGAGAUCCCUGUGCUGGGCUUAUCAAAUCAAACCCCGGCUGACGAUGCCCCCGGAGGCGAGGAUGAAGCUGAUGGCGCAGCUGUAGCGAAAAUACAAGACAACUCUACUACACUAUUGGAUUCGAAUCAACCCCCAUUCGAGGAUCAACUAGCCCGCCACACCCUAUGGCCUGAGCAUGAGAAGCUCUAUGGACACGGCUAUGAGAUCUCUGCCGUAGCGGUCAACUACGCCCGUACGCUUAUUGCCACAGCCUGCAAGGCGAGCUCAAUCGACCAUGCGGUGAUCCGCUUAUACGACACUUCUGACUGGCACGAGGUUCGGCCAUCCCUUGCUGCUCAUACCUUGACCAUCACGGGUCUCUGCUUCUCCGGUGAUGACCAGUACCUUCUUAGCGUUGGUCGUGACAGACAAUGGGCUGUGUACAAACGUAGCGAGCAAGAUCCUUCAACGUUCUCACUUUUGACGAGCAACCCCAAAGGGCAUUCUCGCAUGAUCCUUGACGCGGCAUGGGCUCCAAAAUCACGGGUUCCUGUCUUCGCAACUGCUGGCCGUGACAAAUCGGUGAAAAUCUGGCAGAUGACUGACGGUGCCUUUGAAUGCCACUCCACCAUCCCGCUGAAAACCCCAGGCUCGUUCAUUCUCGCUGCGGGAGAAGAAAGUGGCGAGCUUCACUUGGCCAUAAACCAACUUUCAUGGCGGCCGGAACAGCGGGAAGAGACGUCUCGUUUUGUGCUCGCCGUGGCAAGCGAAGACACGUCGACGCGUAUAUAUAAUUUCUCGGGCUUGGUUUCAUGA